ACCGAAGAAGAAAAAAUGGACCACCUGGGGCAGCAUGUGUCUUUGAGCUUGGGACGGGACAUAAUGGCCAUCGUAGCCGCAAGCCGAUCCUGGAAGGAAACCCGGGAUGUGAUGAUGACAAAGUACCUAGCAGCGGAGAAGAUGGCUACGGAGGCCCACUUAGCGGCAGUCCAGAGGAAGAACUUCUCAACGUACAAUGACUUCCUACGGGAGUUUACUCUGGUAGCACUAAGGAUCCCAGGAGUAACGGACCGAAUAAUGAGCAAAUACUUCCUUAGGCAGUUCUCCGAGUUCGACAAAGACAAGAUUCUAUCAGCCUACCAGCAGACGAGCAAGUUCGUAAACACUAGGGAUGUGGAUUUUAGCACCGUAACGGACCUGGCCGAAAAGACGGUAGUGACCGAGACAUUGGCCUUGCUUAAGGAAGGGGAGGUCAUAGACCUGACCGGGAGAACAGGCGACAAGGUAAAGAAGGAGAUCGAAAGUCUACAUGAACGGGCCAGCCCUAGGUUGCUUAAAGGGCUUAGACAACUGUUGACUCGGCGACGAGUAGAGAUAGAUGAGGACCCCGAAGCGCCUGAAGAGGAAAGGGAGGAGGAGGCUCCGCAAGUCGCUAACCUGCAGAGGAGUCGAGGGGACUUGGAGGAUCUCGAGAAAGCCUUUGCAGGCAUCCUAAAGGCAGGAGUCUGGGAGUCGAUCUGGUCAUUUCAGCGGAUGACCGUAAUGAAGGAAAUGGACCACGACAUAAUCCUCGGGAGACCGUGGUACGCAAACGUAGAAAUGAUAGGCAUGCACUUGCACGACGGCUCGUACAUGGUAGACAUAGAGGACCCAGUGACCGGUCGGGGAGAGCUCCUCCGACUGCUUGGAACGGGAGGAGACCCCCCGAAGGAAAAAUUGGCAACCUGGUCACCAUCGUUCAAAGAUGGCACACGAAAAGGGGCCUUUGCUCGAAUGGAGGGCAUGAGAGAGAGGUUAGAGAUCAUGAUCGAGGAGGCCUUCAAUAAGAAGGAAUGGAUCAAGAUGGGCCUGCCUCAGAAGAAGAGGAGGCAGGAGGACGAAGUCCUAGGUGUUAUGGUAGCAGGAAAGGAGUCAGAAGUCGAACUUGGUGCCAGCCUGCCCAAGCGGAAAGAAGUACGCAUGGACGUGCCAGAAGUCGCGCUCGAGAUCCCCGAUUUGUUGCAGCUCAUCAAGGCCCUCAGAUACCACAAGGAAAAGGCUAUGGAGAAGGAGGAGGAGGUCCUCCGAGUGAUCCAAGAGAGAAGAGCGACGGAAGGGCAUCAGAUACCAGAUGAGGUAGCUGACACAAUGAAGAUAGGGGUAGAAGGAUUCCUAACGGAGGAGGAAGAUCGCUUGAUCAAAAGGACCUGGCAAGAGUUUCACCUGGCAUUUGCUUUUAGCGAUCAUCAAAAGGGGCGGCUACAUGCGAAGCUGAUCCCUCCGGUCAGAAUCCACACAGUAGAGCAUGAGUGCUGGAACGACAAGGGUCCGUCCUAUGAGUUAAGGAUAGCAGGGGAAGUGACAGACCUCCUCCGAGCGAAGAUUGACUCCUUCAUCGCAGAACCUACAGCGUCGCCAUACGCAAACCGGUGGUUCGUCUUUCGGAAGCCCAACAAGACACUAAGGUGGAUUCAGGAUCUGCAAAAGUUGAAUGCGGUAACCAUCCGGGAUGCUGGCUCGCUACCUCAGGCCGAUUUAUUAGCAGAAUCGCACGCCGGCCGGAGCAUUUACUCCUUGAUAGAUCUGUACUCAGGGGAUGACCAGCUUCCAUUGGAUGUUCGGGACAGGCCGUACACCGCUAUGCACACCCCCGUAGGCCAGUUACAGAUGCAAGUGACCCCUAUGGGCUUCACAAACACGGUGGCCGAAGCGCAACACAGAAUGCUCGUUGUAGCCGGGGACAUGUUCCCAGAGAAGUGUGAGCCCUACAUCGAUGACAAUCCGAUCAAAGGCGCGCAGGAGAAGGACGAGACGGAAGUCCAGCCAGGAAUCCGAAGGCGAUUCAUCUUAAGGAUCGACCCGACGAAUGUCGCAGGGGUCUUAAAGAACUACAGGCCUAUAGAUCCGACGGUGGGAAGAUGGGUAGGAUUUAUCUGGCAGUUCGAUUACAAGAUCGAACGGAUUGUUGGAAUUAGAAACAAGGCGGAUGGGCUGAGUCGGGUCUGCAUCACUCCCGAAGGGGUGGAGGAUGCGGAGCCCAUAGACGCAUUCCUUGAAUUCGAGGGAGGAACUCUUGCGGUGGACAACGAAAUGAUGGGCGAAGAAUGCGCGUCGGGAGAACUGUUGAUCCGGACUUUGGAGAAGGGGGCACCUGCCGUAGUAGCAGAACUUAGGGAAGGACCCGUCACCACUCGAGGUCGUAAAGAGGAGAGAGAUUCAUGGGGAGCAAUAGCAGGACCGAAGGAGGAGCUAAUAGCAAUGCCAGUUGAGGGAGGCCGGGAAGCCGUGAUGAGCUUAGUGGAAUCUUGGGAAAAGAAAGAGUUGCAAUGGACGGUAAACCAGAUGCAGGAGAGAAAGGAUGAGGACCACGAAGGGAAGGAGUUUUUUUAUGCCCAGAUAUACGAAGGGAUCUUUCGGGAGAUCGAGUUGUUGCUGGUAGGAAACAAGCAACCCACAGAAGUCAGCACUAGAGCAAGGGAGGAGGCCGAGAGGUACGUCCUAAGGGGCGGCCAUCUGUUCCGAAGAGAAGAAGGUGCUAUGCCUAGAAGAGUUGUGUGCGAAAGAUAUAGGCAGUUGGAUGUUAUCCAAGCAAUGCACGACGGAUUAGCAGGAGGACAUCGGUCGUCCAAAGGAACUCUUGCAAAAUUAGCGCCACUUUAUUAUUGGCCAGGCAUGGCAAGCAUGGUCGCCAUAUACUGCCAGACAUGCCUUAUCUGCCAAGAGCGAAGCUCGGCACGCGUCUUUGAGCCGCUUAGACUGACGCGGGUGCUAGGGCCGGGACAUCUGGUCCACCUUGACCUUGCGGUCAUGCCUGUAUCAACAGAUGGGUACAGGUAUAUUCUAGAUGCGCGAGACAACUUGAGUGGGUUCGUGGAGGCGGUCACUCUCAAGAAAAAGAAAUGGAGAAGUGUAGCGGACUGGAUAGAAGACUUCUACUUAAGGCAUCCUUUCGUCAGGAGAUUCAUAGCGGACAAUGGGACGGAAUUUGUGAACCAAGAAGUAUUGGGAAUGCUUAAGAGACUCUGCGUACCGAUCAAACUCAUCGAGCCGUAUCACCCAGAGGCCAACGCACCUGUGGAAAGAGGGCACCGAACCUUAAAGAACACGAUUGCAAAGCUCGCAGCGGAUCAUCUGGGAAGCUGGCCGAGGUAUCUCAAGCAAGCUGUCUUCUCAGAGAACGUGAUACCUAAGAGGACAACGGGAUGUAUCCUAGCGGAACUUUGGUACGAGAGGGAGAUCGACUUUCCCGUUGAGGCCUUGAUACCUACUUGGAACAAGCUACAUGAUGAUCCGCGAAUCACCACGGAAGAGUCAAUUGAGGCAAGAUGUCAACAAGUCCUUAAGAACGAAGAAGUCAUGAAAGACAUCGCCAACCGUGUACUAGACAGCAGAAUGAGGGACAAAGCAAGGUGGGACCAGGUUAAGAAUGUCCGACAGGAGCCACUUCAGGUGGGGGAGACAGUAUUGCCAAGGAACUCGGCACUGGAAAGUACUUGGUCCGGACAGUUAGGGAGGAGGUUCAAAGGCCCCUACCGGGUCGCCAAGCGGGUGGGGUUGAACACCUUCGAACUAGAAGAUUUGGAUGGAAACCCCGGGGCAACGAUUGGUCAGGUUUCUAAGUCGAGACCCAGUGGAAUAAUGGCUUCAGGAGGCCGAACAGAGGGGCAACAGGACUUAGAAGAAAAACGAGAAAAAGCGAAAAUGGAUUUCGGCAACAAGAACGACAGCGGGGGAAUCAACAGGCCUACCGGAGGGGAACAAGCAAGACCAAGCCAAGGGAGGAGGACAGCGAAGAGAAAGUUGUACAUAGGGCUCAUGGGUCGGCCGGUGGUAGGCAGGGGUGGAAAAAAGUGCGUACGAAGAAGACCCUCGCCCCUCCGCAAGGGAGAAGGUAUAGAAAUCUCAUCUGACAGUGAGGGCGAGAAGGAAAAGGCAAAUGUGGAAAAAGGGGGCAAUGCAGAUAUGGGAGAUAAGGCUCAGGCCUCUGACGAGGAAGGAGCCAACAGGGGCCAACGACGUGAGACUUGGCAUAGGGAAAGCGAGGGGGGACAGGACAUGCACGACGAGCGUGAGGAUGGGGAGGAGAGAAGAGAAAGCCCGCUUGAAGGACGAAGCGGCCACAGUAGUUGUGAGGGGUAUGGGACAAGGACAAAGAUUCCUUAUACCUACGAUCCAAAGAACCUAACGGGAGGGUAUACCCCCAUACAGACGGAAGACGAGGAAGACGUGGAGGAGGAUGUACAAGAGAUAAUAGAAAUCAGCAGCGGGGAUGAAAGGGAUGAGAUCUCGAGACCUAGGGAAGAGAGGCGAGCUUCAAUGCACCAGCCGCACGAUGAGGCCUUUAGAUGGGAGGAUGAGUUUGGGCCAACGCCCAGUCAUUGGUUUCAUCAAUGGACCAAUGUGAUCAGGCACGAGUGAAUCAUCAAGGCCCGAGAACUCGCAAAGGCGGGGAUGGAAGCCACGCCUUUGGACUUUUUCAGUGAGGCGGAACUACAGGAAAU